UUGAAUUUCAGUUCAGUUCGCCUUCCUAUAGACGCUUGCCCGUAGUACGUUUUGUUCGGUUGCUCAGUAUUCAGUGCGAUUUGCAGGCGGCAGUAGUAGAAGCCAGUAUCCCAGUAUCCCAGUACCCAGUAUAUCACACAGUUGUAGCCAGAAGAAGUAAAGUCAACACACAGAGCCAAACAGCUUGAAAGAGAAGCUACCGAAUUUCCGUUGAAAAAGCAAAAGAAAAACCAGAAACAGAAACCAACAUGAGUGGAGAGCGCCCGAAGCGUCCUUUGUCAGCCUACAUGCUGUGGCUCAACGAGAACCGCGAACAGAUCAAGAAGGAUAACCCCGGCAGCAAGGUGACAGACAUCGCCAAGCGAGGUGGCGAGCUCUGGCGUGGACUGAAAGACAAAUCCGAGUGGGAACAGAAGGCCAUCAAGAUGAAGGAGGACUACAACAAGGCGGUGAAGGAGUACGAGGCCAAUGGUGGCACCGAUUCGGGGGCGCCCAAGAAGCGAAAGAAGCAGGCCGCCAAGCCCGCCAAGAAGGCCAAGAAGAAAGAGUCCUCCGAGGAGGAGGAGGAGGACGAGAGCGAGUAGACAGUAGGAGGUGGCCAGUUAAUUGCUGCCUCCCAGCGGGCAACGUUUUCUGCAUAAGUUUUAAAAUACAUUUUAUUAAUGUAAUUUUUUAAGUGACAUAGAAAAAAAAAAAAACAAAAACCCCAAAAAAUGGAAACCAACAAAACUUAAGUAAAAAAAAAAAAAUCUCAAAAAAUGCAAAAAAAAAAAAAAUGAAUUAAGACCUUAAAUCUUUAAUAUGCACUAACUCCAUAAACAUGAGAUACACAACAUACACACACACACACAUGCCAACACCCAGGCAUAGAUACUACAGACACAGACAGAGCAUAAACCAUAUAACUAAGUUAAAGAAGUGAAGCCACACAGACACAUAAUUUCCAGUCGGACAACUUUAGCAACUGUUCUAUAUAUUAUUCUAGGUUUGUACGUAUAACUGUAACUAUAUGUAUGACACUCUUUUUGGAACACACACACACACAUAAACACGCCAAAACAGACCCCACGCCCCAGCCCCCUUUAGCCACUUUCUUCGAUUGCAUCAAGUUAUUUGAAUUUUGGGUCCUUCGACUCGAAAGCAAGAGUUAUAUAUAUACAUAUAUAUAAAUUUUAAACUAUAUACAUAAAUAUAUAUUUGAGUAUAUAUUGUGUAAUUUAAAAAUGAAAACAAACAAAACCCAUAUUACAAAUAUGUAAUUGUGAAUGUAGAGCUGAAUGGAAUAUUUAAAAGAAAAAAAAUAUAAAAAAUUGUGAAAACAUUAA